GAAUUGUGUUCUCGACCCUAUCAGUCAGUGUAUCAAAAAUGGCUGAUACUGCCAGUGAUCCUACGGCCGAUCGUUGCCAACUGAACGCGACUCUCAGCUCAUCUGUUCAUGACAAAAAUGAGCUUUUACGUUUCUACCAACAAUGGAGUGACAAAUAUGACGAGGAUUUCCGAACGGAGCAUUACAUCGGACCUUGUUUGACCGUCGAGGCCGUUUGCGAGCUCAUUCCCGAUGAAAAACGUGCUGACGUCACGGUGUUGGACGUUGCCGCCGGCACUGGAUUGGUCGGUUUGGAAUUAGCGAAAAAUGGUUUCAAGGUGAUCGAUGCUAUUGACGGAUCGGAAGCCAUGCUAACUAAAUUACGCCAAAAGGGCAUUUACAGAUGCACAACACAGGCUAUGCUGGGCAAUGGCCAAGAUAGCAGAUCUCUACCAGAAAAUGCAUAUGACGUUGUAACGAGCUCCGGUGGGUUCGUUCCCGGUCAUUUGCCUGUUUCGGCCGUGCACGAUCUCAUUCGCAUGUGCAAACCAGGCGGGUUGAUUGUCAUCGUGAUGCGUUACGAAUACCUGAGCACUUGCGAGGAGCUGCGUCCAUUAGAGCCGCUGAUGAUCGAGCUGGAGCACAAGAGUCCGAGUUGUUGGAGCCGACUGAAGCGCCACAUCAGUCCAAACUACCUCCUCGACAAGGACGGCAUUGUCUUUGUCUAUCGAAAAUCUUUGUGAAAAUAAAAUGUUGAAAAGAU